CAUAAUCAUGAUCUCAUCGCCGACUGAACCACCCGCCGGCGGUCUUCGCCACUAGCGCCCCCUAUCGGCGAGUUGUCGGCGAUCUGCGCGCCACCUGUGGGCGACCUGAGAAUGUCAGCAUGCUGGCCAGCCCGGAGAACACGGACGACCUGGGCGAGAGCACCCCCAGCGGCUCAGUGGACGGAGACGAGGUGCUGCUGAGGCGGCAGGCGCUGCACGACAACUUACGGGAUAUAUUUGAUAAGGUGGACCCGGAGGGUUUCGGAGAAGUGCUCGCCGUCGACUUUCUCCGGGCGAUGAGCUCUGCUGAGUUUGUUGAGUGUGUGGACGUGGGCAAACGAGUUCAACUGGCCGACCGGAUCCGCUCUGGGGAGCUGGAGCUGGUCACCUACCAGGAGUUUGUCAACGUGCUACUGAACACGCGGCUUUGGUGUCGGCCCAACACGGACGUGCUGGUCUGA